GCAGCUGCACGGCUACCGGGGCUACGCGCUCGUGGAGCGCUCCGGCCUGGGCGAGGACGGCCGCAUGGAGGAGCGCCGGCGGCAGCAGCAGGCCCGCGACAGCAUACCCGUGCCGCCCGAGAGGGACUGGCACCCUUGAACUAGUCAGGCCGUGCUGGCGAUGGUGUGCCUCGCGCCCGCCUGCGAGGCCACCAUCCCAGAGCCGCGAGCCCCAAACUUCCAGUAUUUUGAAAGGCCCCAGUACCGGUACCCGUACUACGACCAGAACGGGCGCGGUCGCCUGCUGUACGGCUACGGCGGAAACGAACUUUACCAGUACCGCGUCUACAGCCCUCUGGAGGGCAUCCACUAGGCGGAAUGCGCUUCUCUGCGGUGUCUCAAGUUUGGAAAACGUCUUCUCGAAAUCACAACCCCGUCCUGAACGGCUGACAGAUGCUGAACGGCAGACGAAACGUCUUGCUUAAAAUAAUCUUCAAAGUGGACCAUACUGAAUGAUAGUGUAGUGUUGUGCGAAACUGAGUGUUACCUAGGCUUAAGAAUAAUUUGUGUGCUUUAUACAUUGUUCCAUUAGAAAUGUUUCACCAUCAUGUACACGCAUCGAAACAAUCAUAUUGCCAUCGAAUACCGCCUCGUCGUCAUUGUCAUAAUUUAGGUGGUUAAAGGAGACGGGUGUAGUUUUGUAGUUAACAUUUUUUUGUCAUGUGAUAUCAAUGUGCCGUCCCAAGAAUCUGGGUAGCCAUCUCUGAGAUCAUCUCGUUCAUUUCACAAAUCUCAUCCAUUUCAAUAUUCAUUUCAAUCGUGGUUGUACUUAUCCUGAUAUUGGGUUCAUUAAUUUAUAAAAUUACACCUACACUUGAUAAGACUGAAAGGUGAAUGUUACAUUGGAGUUCGCCCCGGUGAUGCCGGAGAUGGUCUUACUCCACGACAGCACGUUAAAAAUAAACUAGUCUAUUUAAAGCA